AACAUCAUUUCCAUCUUCUUAUAUUAAUAAAAAUAACCAAAAAAUUCUUUCACCUUAAAAACUCUCCCAAAAAAUCACACACACACACACAAAAAAAAAAAAAAAAAAACUUCAGUUACAAAUCCCAAAUCUCCAUUUUUUAUCAUUCUUGAUUUGAAAAAAAAAAAAAAGCAAUGAAAUUGCACAAACAGUCAAGUAGAAGAGAUGAAGAAACACCAAAUUCUCACCAAAUGAACACACCAUACUCACCAAAGACACUCAAACACACAACAAGAUCUCUACCAAGAUCCAUCAAUUAUCUCCUUAAAGAACAAAGACUUUUAUUCAUUCUCAUUGGCAUUUUAAUUGGUUCCACUUUUUUCAUAAUCCAACCAACUCUUUCACACAAUUCAUCAAUACCAAGAUCAUAUAAUUCACUAAAUCAUGAAUCUUUAUCAACAAUAUCUAAUUAUAAUGAUAAUAAAGUUUUCAACUUUGGUAAUACUGGGAGGAUCCCAGCUGGUAUUAUGAGGAAAAGAAUGAGAAUUGUUGUAACUGGUGGUGCUGGAUUUGUGGGGUCUCAUUUAGUUGAUAAGUUAAUUAAAAGAGGUGAUGAUGUUAUUGUUAUUGAUAAUUUUUUUACUGGAAGGAAAGAAAAUGUGAAACAUCAUUUUGGGAAUCCAAGAUUUGAGUUAAUUAGACAUGAUGUUGUUGAACCUAUUUUGUUGGAAGUGGAUAUGAUUUAUCAUUUGGCUUGUCCUGCUUCUCCUGUUCAUUACAAGUAUAAUCCUGUCAAAACUAUUAAGACAAAUGUGAUGGGCACCCUUAACCUGUUGGGCCUCGCUAAGAGAAUCGGUGCGAGGUUCUUGCUUACCAGUACAAGUGAGGUUUAUGGUGAUCCACUUGAGCAUCCUCAAAAGGAAACGUAUUGGGGUCAUGUGAAUCCAAUAGGUGUUAGGAGUUGCUACGACGAGGGGAAACGGACUGCAGAAACCUUGACUAUGGAUUACCAUCGCGGUGCAGGAGUCGAGGUGCGUAUUGCUCGGAUUUUCAAUACAUAUGGACCUCGUAUGUGUCUAGAUGAUGGACGUGUUGUCAGCAACUUCGUUGCCCAGGCCAUUCGCAAUCAACCAAUGACAGUCUAUGGUGAUGGAAAGCAAACACGAAGCUUUCAAUAUGUUUCUGAUCUGGUUGAUGGAUUGGUGGCCCUCAUGGAGGGUGAGCAUAUUGGCCCUUUCAACUUGGGAAAUCCAGGAGAAUUCACUAUGUUGGAGCUUGCUGGGGUAGUCAAAGAAGUGAUUGAUCCUAGUGCCAAGAUUGAGUUCAGAGCCAACACCGCGGAUGAUCCUCACAAGAGGAAACCAGAUAUUAGCAAAGCAAAGGAGCUACUAAACUGGGAACCAAAAGUAUCAUUGCGAGAAGGGCUUCCCCUCAUGGUUAAUGAUUUCCGCAAUCGCAUCUUGAAUGAAGAUGAAGGCAAAGGGAACUAACAAGGAUACCUAUCAAAAAAAUAGUAUGUAUAGCGUGAGACUUAUUUUAUUGUUUAUUAUACUCGAAGUUGAUAUGCAUUCCUUUUCCCGUCAUUUUUUGUAUUUCCAUUGUAAUAGCAGAUGGAUCGCUGAGCGAUAAGCUACAUCUAUAGCCUCAUAUGUUUUCUUUUCCAUUUGAUUUUCUUUUUCCCAUUCCACUUCCUGUAAUUCCAACAAUGUUGUUUCAAUUUGGGCAACUCCCUGUGACGUUUUAAAGAAAGUGUUUGUUAUGAUGAUCAA